AUGAGCAAUGGCACGGGUGCAGACGAGGGCCACAGUAGCAGGUCGAGUCUGACGACAGCGGCCGACUACCCGGCAGCGACGCGUCCGGUCAGCGUCGCCAUCGACCCCGUGGCCUUGAUCAUUACCGAAUGUAUCACCGUCACCUCGGCCAUGCGCAAGCAUGCGCGCUGGGCCCAAUCCUCAGUAUCAGCAAUCCUCGGCGGCGGUGCUGCUAGGCGCCCACCCUCUUCCCUCGGCUCUCUCGCUGCCGCUGACGACGCCGAUGGUGGACAACUGGCUACACGAUGGGGCCUUCGUGGCAAGAAGGGAAAGAGCAUCCAGGACAACCCGCUGCUGUCGGCCUUUGCGCGUCUGCGUAGUCAACUCAAGGGGUGCAGAGGUAUGUCAUGCGACCUCGCUCACGCCAUUUCACGCAGCAGUUGA